CUACCAGUCGUCAGUGUGUGAUAAAACGCGACGGAUGAGAAAAACACAUACACGCGCCAAGAAAAAUAACAUCGUAUCAUCGUCGUUACAGUUAACCCCAUCAGCUCCAUCACAAUAAAUAAUAAUAGUAAUAAUAAUAAUAAUUAUAAUAGUGUAAUCAACGAGUCGGAUCAACAUUCGGUACAUUUGCUCGCGUUUCCGGUAACUCAUUUCGUGCGACGGUCAGUUUGUUUCCGGUACGUAAACAGUGUGUGCACACGGGUCGAGCGUCCACCCGUCGUCCGGCGAACCGUCGCUGUUGACAUGUGAUCUUCAAAAACGAAGAAAAAUAAGGAAAACCUGAGAAACAGAUAAGCCACAGGUUAUUGUUUUCAAAGUCGUCUGAACGGGACGCACAACACUCUAGGUCAUAGCCACCGCUGAAUCUUACUACACCAUGCACGAUCGACUGGGCAUCAUAGUCGCUGUCGCAUCAUGUUAUCUGGUUCAAAGUAGCUUUUGCGAUCGUGACCUAUUUCCUGAAGGCUUUCAACUCGGUUACAGAUGGAGAGCCAUAACGCAUGUGGGAACCGUGUUCCCUUCAGAGCACCUGACCAAAUACUCAUUGGACGCAUACUUUUCCGUUCAAACCUAUCAGAAUGUUACUACGUUUCAAAUCAAAGAGUUCAAGACAAGCGAGGCGCAACAAGAAUUCCCGUGGAUCACAUUGCCGUUUCGUUGCUCGUACAAAGACGGCGAAGUGCAAACGUUCGAGAGAGAAAGUGCCGACGUGCUGGGGUCGUUGAACAUAAAACGCGCACUCGUCGGAAUGCUCCAGCUGAAAUUGGGUUCCCCGUUACGGCCGUCGUUUGUUACAGAAGAGACCGGCGUUUAUGGAAGAUGCAAUGUCCAAUACUUGGUAACCAAAGAAAAUAACAGCACAAAUGUAAAGAAAAUAGUCAACUUUUCGGCUUGUAACAAUAAACUUGGACAACAGUGGAGUAACACGCCGGCAUUCACGUGCCCAUCGAACUAUCAAAAUGGAAGCAUGAGUCAUAGUGUUCGAACUUAUACUUUGGAUGAAACCAAUACAAUUCAAUACUUGAACGUUAUCGGCACAGUAGAAUUCCAACCAUUUCAAGCAUUAGCAGAAUCGCAUCAUAUAUUUGUUAAUCAAACGAUUGAGCUGGAAGAAAUGGUCCCUAUCACCGAUCCAAUCACGUUGGAAGCAAAAACAGAAGACUCGAUCGAAUACGAUUUUAAGCACUACGAAGACCCUACAUUAGGUUAUAAGUCGUCCAAUAAAUCCCAACUGUUGGCAGAAAUACACGAUAUACUUGGUCAACUAACAGAAAGCUUAAGCUGGGAACUCGGAACAACUGACCUAGACAAUCAAACGGAAUUUAGAGCUUUGGAACUCAUGUGGUGGUUGGACACUUCCGAUUGGACAACAUUAUACGAUACUAUAAAAAUCGGAACUAGUUACUCGCAAGAAACCAUACAACAUUUUUUUUGGGACUUAGUACCUCAAGUUGGAUCAGCUUCUUCCGUAGCGUUCAUCCGAGAACUGAUUAAGUCACAAAGAGUUACGAGUUUUUUGGCUACCGGGUUGUUGAUAACGUUUCCUUACCACGUUAGAUAUCCUGACGAAAAACUUCUUAAAGAAUCAGAAAUGUUACUGUACCUUGAUGAAGAUAAUACUAAAGCUGAAGUAAGAAAAGUAGCGAUUUUAAGUUUUGCUUCAUUGAUACAUAAAACGUGCAGUAAAGGAAUGUGCUCGGAAGACACACAAAACCAUUUCAUACGACUGUUCUUAGACAAAUUCAAAGAAUCUACGACGCACAACGAGCAAAUGUUGUACAUCGAAGCAUUUAGUAACAUGAAAAUUGAUAAUACCUUAGAAUUCUUGCAACCGAUUAUUACGGACCAUGACCGUAACAGACAUAUCAGGCUAGUGGCGAUUUGGGCGACAAAAUCUGCUACCACCGAUCAUCCCGAAAAGGUCUCCGAAGUAUUUUGGCCAAUAUUGAUGAACCGUUCUGAACCGGUCGAAAUCCGAACAUCCGCGUUAAACAUGCUCAUGAUGUCACAGCCGACUGUGUCACGGUUUUUGACGCUUUACUGGUUCAUGCAGGAGGAGCCCAGCCAACAGAUCUACAACUUUUACUACACGACGAUCAACUCGAUAGCCAAUUCCAAAUACCCGUGCUACAACAAGUACAGAAAAAUAGCCUCACAGAUCGUGAGGUUCGUGCAACACAAAUGGCACCAUUGGGCCACCGGCAACUAUCUAUUGGACUACGAGGAUCCGUUGCGAGGGUACGGGGGUAUCAUGCAGACCAUCCUGGUGGCCAAUCAGCGCACGGGACUGCCAUCCUUACUCCGGUUGACGGCCGAACAACAUUCGUUUGGCAUGUCCUCGGAAUUUGAGAUCCACGUGAAAGCCGAAGGGUUCGCAGACAGCUUAAAAAUAGAACUGAUCGGUGCGAUGGCCAAUUCGCCGGGCGAGCCGGUCGACAUUUCCAAGCUGCUGGAGUUACUAAAAAAAGCCAAGUUAGAAAUCCAGAACGACGAGGACCUUCAUCUUGAAACGAUAGUCAAAAUCAACGGGCAGACCAUUUACUGUCACCACUUGAAUAUGACUACGUUCAACAAUUACGCACUUGUGUUCAGGAAGCUGAGUUCGUUGUACUUCCAGUUUAGUUUGAACUACCAACGCCUCUCGUUCCCAUUGCGUUUCCAGCAGACACAGUUCACAGAUUUUGGCACUCCGAUUCUUCUUCAGUUUAGAACGGCUUCGUUGUUGUCGCUGCGCGGGAGUAUCAAACAGACGGAGAGUGGAAAAUCCAGGGACGCGGAAUUGGAUUUUCGGUAUUCCAUGAACACCGUGACCAGUCUGAAAACAUUCAACCCACUGAGUAAUACGUGGCGCGGUGCAGACCGUUUCCGUUGCAUCCACGCAAGAAUACCGUUUUCCACCGAGAUAAUAUAUCAUUACUCCAGGUCUUACGUGAAAGCGUCAGCUUACAGGUACAAAAAUUUCGUCGACGGUUCAAAACUGGGAGUGGUGUGGCACUCCGCAACUAAGCUGUUUCCUCUAGAAAACACUACGUCACCGACAAUUAAAACAGACGAAUUGCCGCUCACCGACGAUUGGGCUUUCGAGUCGAGAGAUUUGGGAGCGAAAAUUGCUACUACGGUUUUCGAUUGCCAAGACGAGGGCAAGUUUUCGAAUUCGCUAAUGAUCAUCAAAGAAGCAUUUCAAAUUAGUAACAAAAACUAUCAGUCAAUACCCGGCGGAGUUGCUCUUCUGGGUAUCUAUUCGCUGUCAAACUAUUUUACGUUCAUCCCACCAGAGGAUAGCUGCGGAUUGAUAUUGUCCAUAUCGCCAUUACAGGUCGUGCCCAGGUUCAUCCAGGAGGGUAACACCGUGCGCGUGACGAUGAACCAUUACGACCAGAUCCUCUGGGGACUGAUCGCGCAUUACGGCCGCAUCGCCGACGGCAACCAAGAGAUAUCGUUCAAGCUGAGCCACACGAACUUGGAGCGCAACAUCACCAUCACCAACGGCUACUGGCGCCUGUUGAGGUUCGAGGGUUCGUUCAUCCUGCCAUCCCGCAAGUCCGGCGCCCUGCACCCGCCGCCGCCGUUGCACGGCAAUGCCACGGUCUCCUGGGGGUACCAUGACUCGGCAACCACGAUGAUCAUGUCCAUCGAGCCGGCGAAUGCGAACGAGGCGUGGCCCGACCAGUGCAUCGUCGACUCGCCGACGUGCCUACAAACUGCCAGCGACAUAUCCACCAGUCAGAUCAUAUCGCUACAGUUCGUCAACUUACCGAGUUGGAUGAUAAUCACAAUGCAUUCAUUGUUUCCAAAUGUUGUAAUUGAUGAUGGCAAUAAGACCACAGUAAAAUUUACAUUCCCCACCAAACUUCCUUGGACUACAAGAGGAAUUUGCGCAGUAAAUUCCAAAACAGCAUUGACUUUGGACAACUCAACAAUGCACAAUUUCAAGUUAAAUCAAGACUGUUAUACAGUAGCUUUAGCAGACUGUUCACCGUUAGCACGCUUUGCGGUUGGUAUCAAAAUGAACACUAGUAAUUCCACUUUGAAUGUACGUGUAUCAAGUCAGAACAGUAUAAUAGACAUGAUUCAAGAUAAUUCAAACAUAAAAAUAUAUGUGAAUGGUACAGAGAUUGAAGUCACUUCUACUGGAGUACAAUAUCCACCAAAAAAUAAAGAUGAUUGGUUUCUUUAUAGAGCAAAAAAAUGGGACCAAGAAAUGACUGACCUUGAGAUUAUUUCCGGUAUAACUAUUCAACACUAUGGCCAUACAGUAGUUAUGCUGGUUGAAAGUAAAUUGCGAGGAUUUACAUGUGGUUUAUGUGGAAAUUUUAACAGUGAAAACAGUGAUGAAUUAAAUGUACCACCAAAAUGUAUAGAAUUGUAAAAAAGGACUUAUUAAAAAAAAAAUAUUAUAUUUAAAAAUAUGUAUAACUUUCAAGUAUAAAUAUAUAUACCAUUUGUAUA